AUGAAGACAGGAGCAGUGAGGCUGGGGCUGAUUUCUUUCUAGCCCAGACUGUAGGUUCAUGCAGCUUAUCAGUCACAUUAGUGUCAGGUGAUUAUGCACAGUGACACUUCCCCUAGACUUGAUCUCCAGCUAAAAGUGUUUACACACCUCAUCAGCAGUGAUUGAGAAGGCAUGUGUGAAAUAAAGUCGCAGGUCUAAUGAACAUGAACAAAGUGGAUUAUUUGCUCUAACAUCAACAAAAUGCAUUUGGGGGAGAAAAUAAAUAAGGUAGACUAUACAUAUCACACAGAAGUAUGACAGAACCAAAAGUUCUGGGUUAUGUAAGAGUUACAGGUUCUUCUUCUUCUUCUUCCUCCUCCUACUCCUCUUCUUUUUCUUAUCCAUCCAUUCAUUUUCCAUACUGCUUAUCCUACACAGGGUCGUGGGGGAGACUGGAGCCUAUACCAGGGAACUCAGGGCACAAUGCAGGGGACACGCUGGAUGGAGUACCCGGAGGAAACCCCUGAAGCAUGGGGAGAAUGUGUAAACCCAGUACACACAGGGCGGAGAGGAACUCGUACGGCGCUCCAGUUAGCUUAGCCAGCUAGCCGCCCUUGUUGGAACAGAGAGCGGAGUAUGACGAGGAGCUGAGGAAAAUGCCAGGGUCGAACCAUUCAAAAAUCCCAGAAUAGUUAUACAGUUGAAACAUGAAUCGCAUUCAGGUGAAUUUGCGAGGUUUGCCUUCCCACGUAUUGGAAGCAGUGUGCAGACCAGAUACAGCACAAAACACCAGGUCACCAGAGAGCAUCAUCAGCCCUUUAACAUUUCCUAAAUCUAAAAUGCACCUUUGGGAUCCGACUCCUAAUGGAGAUCUUGUCAGUCUUCAUCUUUCUUACUACAGAAAGCCCAGGCUGCUGCUCAUGGAGAAAGCGCUGCGUUUGGCUCAUCGUCAUGCACGACAGAGCAAGAAGCCUCAGUUUUCCUGUUUCCUUCUUGGGACGCUAGCUGUGGAGAGCGAUGAGGAAGGCGUGACGAUCACAUUGGAUCGGUUUGACCCCGGCAGAGAGCAACCUGACGGCUCCAUGAAAUCACCGACUGCCCUCCUCCCCGGCGACGUCCUGGUGCCAUGUGUGUUCGACUCUCAGUCCGUUCUCGACACCACCGUGUACAAUGCACGUGACCUGGACAUCACUUUUAAGAUGUUGGAGCAUUCCUGCAGCAGCAGAGAGGCGAUGGAGCUGUGUAAGCUGAUGAGUCUGCGUGUGCGUCUCAGCUGUAUGGAGAACAUGGACCGGCUGAGCUUCAGCCUGAACUGGGCCGGAGUGACGUUGUCCAGCUCACUGGAGGCCGUCCCCGUGCGCGUGCUGCCCGUCAUCCCUACUGCGCUGGCCAGGAACCUGAGUAGCCCAGCCAGCAUGGCACAGCCUCUACACACUCGCACUAACGCGGGGAAACGAGGGUUCCUGACCAUGGACCAAACCCGCAAACUGCUCCUCAUCCUGGAGUCGGAUCCAAAGGUCUACACGCUUCCUCUUGUCGGAGUAUGGUUAAGUGGUGUUACCCACAUCCACAACCCAGUUGUGUGGGCAUGGUGUCUGAGGUACCUGUACAGCUCCUCUCUCCAUGACAGAGUGAUGUCAGAGGACGAGGCGUUCCUGGUGGUCCUGUACUCUCUCACUCACCGGGAUCCUGAGUUUUACCAGUGCAAGCUGCGUGGGCCGAAGGAUAUGAGCUAUCAGCUUCUCGUCAGCACAGAAUCACUCGCGCUUUUUAAGAAUGUGGAGCCAGCAGAGGGACGUUUGCUGCACUUUGAUCUCGGUGCUGAGAGCCAGAAUCGGGAGGCUGAACUCUUUAAAGAGGCAUUGUCUCGUUCAGCGUUACCGAGAGCUGGAACUGCAUCAUCAGCUGUAGUCCAGAAUAAACUGUCCAUCAGCGACCAUGACUCAGGAGUUGAAGAUGAGGAUCUCUCUCCUCGGCCAUCUCCUAACCCUCACCCCAUCAGUCAACAGACAAGACAAGUCCAGCCCUCUGUGCCAGAACUCUCCAUGGUUUUGGAUGGCAGCUUCAUGGAUGGAAAAGUAGUGGAAUCCUAUGAGCACACUCUCACACAUCCUGUCCAAUCAAAUCCUCAGCUUAGGAGCUAUAGCAGCAGUACUCCACCCUCCCACCCUGCACCACGACCAUCUUCUCAGAGUGUCAUGGCUGGCCCUCCACCUAUCAGGCGACCUCUGACCCCAGUGUUGUCCCAGCCAAAGCUCAAUAGAACACAGUCCACUACUGGGCACCAACCCUCCACGUGCAGGAAAUCUGUUCCCUCUGUGGGCCGAAGAUCGAGCAACGGCUUCUCUGCUUCAUCAUCUUCCUCAUCGUCUUCUUCACCCAAGGCUGGCUCAUCUCCAAGUGGCUCUAUCCAGGAGCGCACACAAAGAUCUGGUCACCCAAAUCCUCCAGUGCCAAACCAAAAGAGCAAAAAAGUGUCCAUCAAUGCAGAUCAGACGGCACUGCUGCCCCCUUCUCAGCACAUGGUGUUCCACAGUACCCCUGCUUUCAACCCUGCCUGCAGCUGCUACCCUACCCACCGUGCCCACAUGCCCAUGUACCAGGGCAACACCUGGCAAGGGACUCCAUCUUCACCUAUGCAGAACCCUAUGCAUUGUCCUCCUGAAGGCAGCCCACAUCGGGACUGCUGUCUCUCCCCUACCAAGCCUGCAUUGUCUCUGGGGUGCCGCAUGUCGCCUGCUCAGAGCCCUGUGUGCCAUGCUGGCAUUCCCCUGCACUACUCUCCGUCACACGGACCACACAUUCCCAACGCCAACCCUUGUAGUGGAGCUCUGGACCACACAGCGUCCAUGUGCCAGGUUCAGUGCUGCCAGCUCCAGCCUGGUCCCACUGCAGUCACUGCACCAGACAUGGGCGUGGGCCUUCUUCCUGCUGACGCCUACAGGAUGCUGAUGGAGCAGGACCGGCAGCUGAAGCAACUGCAGGCUCAGAUCCAGAAACUUCUUGAUGCCCAGAGCAAGGUGCCAGAGUCGCCUCGAGCAUCUCCAGAGGAGCAGCAGGAGCAGGCCAUUCAGACCUCAGUGCUUUCUGAGCCCCUAAAGAAGACGAGUGUGAGCAUCGCAGUAGGAACAGGUGCCAGUUUGUUCUGGAGCGCUCCCGAUCAAAGCUCCAUACAUGAAGAUCAGUCUGAGUGUGAUCCCGAGGCGAACAGCACAGUGUCCUCCAAACUCUGCUCAGAGACGAUCCACCAUAGCAGAGAGGAACUGAGCCCUGCGACACCUCGACACUCCACAUCAUCGCCACAACACAACACAUCAGAUGUAGCAGGUUCUUUUCAGAGUCCUGUAUUAGGAGCGAGUGCGAGCAUGUAUUAUAACUCUCAGUCUCACGACACAGAGGACUUCUCUCAAAAUGGAGAAAUACCCAGUCAGAGAUUUUAUCAAGAGUUACUGGGUCAAGUGAAAAGCCGUCUCCAAGACUGUGUACCUGAAGAAGAAAAAACGGAGCGGGACGUGCACAGUCCUCGUCCCAGACACAGUCUGUCGCCUAGAAAUUCUCCUCCAAACAAACCUGCACUCGGAGAGCAGAAUGCUGAGGGUUCAGAGGAGGAUCGGGUGUUCCGUGCCACACUCAAACAGCUGCAGAGCCUCGGCGUCAACGUGGAGCUCAGUACAGGAAAGUCCAACCGCAGCACUGUGGAGAGCGCCAGCACGCUGGCUUGUAUAAACCCUGAUGCGGUCAUCCCAAGGCUGACUCUCUCUGAACAAGUGGGCACCAGCAUCUGUGGGCUGAGUGGAGGCGUGGAUCUGAGUUUAGAAGCCAACGCCAUCGCUCUAAAGUACCUCAGCGACUCUCAGUUGUCCCGCCUGUCGCUGGGAGGCCAGUCUCCUGGGGGUCGAUCCAACCCCAGCACGCUGCUUUUUGGAAGGACUCCGCUGGACAAGAGCAGCACCGGAUUGAGCAUCCUUUCCUCCAGCAACAUGUCACUAGCCACCUGCAAGUACAUGAAGAAAUACGGACUGAUGGAAGGUGGCGGCGGCGGCAGCAGCAGUGAGGAGGAAGAGGACGACUGCAGCGAGAGAGCACAGAAAGCACAGACUGACUCUGCACUCGGCUGCUCCUUGCAACUAGACGCAUCAGAAAAUGCAGGGCGAGAGCAGGAAACUGGUUUUAUUCUAAAAAAUGUAACAAAUAACAAGCAGCCUGAGCCACUUCUCUCCGCUCAAGACUCUCAAAGCCAACUAAUACGAGACUUAAGGCCUAAAAUGCAGCUGCUUGCACACACAAAAACAAGCCCAGAGAAGGAGAACAACCCAAAACAUGUCCUUCCUCAACCCCGUCCUCAGCGCCGGGCCUCUUUAUCUGACAACCACAGACUCGCAUCACUCCCGGAAACUCAAGGCUCUGUCGGGAAUUUUCUUGAUCUCAGCAGAUUGCGACAGCUCCCUAAACUGUUCUAAAUAUGUGUGUGUGUGUGUGUGUGUGUGUGUGUGUGUGUGUGUGUGUGUGUGUGUGUUUUUUGUCUGUUUUUUUUGGCCCCCCCCCCCCAAGCAAGAUUUGAAUAGAUCUGGGAUUGUUUUUAUCUUUUUAAUCAAGCAUUUUUUCAGAAUGUACAUGUACCACUAUGCUUUUAUUAUGAAGAUACACUUUGGAGAUACUCUUUUUGUUUCGUGUAUGUGUGCGUGUGUCGAUGUUGUGGGGUCUAUAAAAUGUAGGUCUUGUAGGCACAAAUGAAAUGUUGUCCUCUUGUACAGUCUGGAAUACUAUUGCUUUUUUUGUUCUCUAAUAUUUUUUGUAUUUUUCUUGUAUUUGGAGAAAGUGAUGCCAGUUGUUUUAUGAAUUAAAGAACCUUAAAGUUAAGUUUUUGUGUUUUUCUGUCUUUAAAUGCAUGCAUAAUAUAUUUUUUUUUGGUCAAAUCACAAUUAAAUAAUUUGAUCACAUGUCUAUCGGAUUCAUGUCUAUUUGCUUUUAGGUUUUUGUAAUAUUCUAGUGCCGGCUAAUGUUCGGUUUUAAUGAAGUCUGAAGUGGAAGUUAAUACUCCGAUAUUGAAUCUCAUGGCUAAUAGCCUACAUAUAGUUACUAGCCUGUUUGACUGGUGAUUUUAAUGGAAUGGAUUUAAUCCAAAUCUCACUAAAUCAAAAAACAAGUAAAUUAUGUUAUCUUGGACCUACUGUGUUUUACUACUACAACAAAGCAUCUGAAAAAGGCUGCUUCUCUGCAACAUUGGGAUUUGAGAAUCCUUUGUUGUGCUUGUGUAUGAAUGUCAAUACCUUUUUAAAUUGUUCAGUGAUGACAAUCUUAUUGUGGUUUAAGCAAAGCAUGAAGUAAAUUUGAUUCAUUGUGUAAACCUAUUAACUGGUAAGUGUUUAGGCUAUAGUGUAAAAAUGAGAUCAAUUGAGUUGUUUUUAAACCUAAUUUGUCAUAAGAUGCU